AUGUCUUAUCGUAGUACGGAUGUUGACAUUUUAGACGAAGAUCAAUUAUUUCAAGAAGAUCUAUUUGCGUUCGCUGGAGGUACAGAAAUUGAGCCGGAAACGGCUCUACGAAAUGUUCAAGCGAAAGGAGUUGAUGUUAGAAAUUUCUUGACAAGAGGUAAUACCGAAAAAGCACUGGUAACGGCUAUAGAAAAUCCACCAUACGGUUCAAAUACGACUGACGCCAAGGAUCAAAAUACAAAAAUUGUUAUGGAGGUUCUUAACUCUAUCAAAGCAACUGACAUUCCACCGCUAGUUAGAAAUCUAACAUUAGAACAGCAAGAUGUUUUAAUGAAAUAUAUUUAUCGCGGAAUGGCAUCACCAGAAUUAUAUAAUUCUGCCGUACUUUUAAAUUGGCAUGAAAAGCUUACUGAGGUCGCAGGUGUUGGGUGUAUUGUACGAGUAACUUCUGAUCGAAGAACU